AUGAAAUUAAUACUAAAAUCGCGGAUGAUCUCUCCUCACGUGAUGGAAGUAUUACUGCGGAAAUCGAAAAGAAUGAACAAAAAGCUUGGCGCAGAAGUUAACACUAAAAUUGCCAACGAACUUUCCGCACGCCUUUCUGAAGUUAAUUCUACUUUCACUGCGGAGCUUGUGAGAAACAAUAAUGAACUUAAUAAGAAACUUACCGGAGAAAUCGCUAAAAUCAAUACACGUGAUGCUGGAUAUGCCUCUGAGGCGCAGAAAAUUUUAUCGAUGGUCAAUAAUGUGACCACAAGACUUGAUAAUAUCGAAGAAGCCUGCCGUAAUGAUUUUGGCAACAUUUCAUCUGAAUUCACUUCGAUCAGGACCUCUAUUGAAGCUCUCCGAAAUGAAAUGAUCCAACGUUAUGCAAUUGCCCAAAGGCUUCAGGUCGAUUUUGAUCAACUGAGUGCCAAUCAUUCCUCUAGUAGUGAAAGUUCUUCUAGUCGAUUAUCUGUUUCAUCUCUUGAAGAAAAUAGGAACCGUUUUAAGCGAGUUUUUGAUUCGAAUAAGGAAGAAGGGGAAACUUUAGAUUAUGCGUUUGAAACCGUUAGACGUGAAAUUCGUCAUCAGGAAAAGAUUGGGAAGAGUACUGUGGAAAAUUUUUAUUAUGGUAGAGGGGAUCCAAAAUAUACCACAGUGAUGUCAAUUAUGAGAUGGGUAGAUAGUAAAGAAUUUAGUGGUAGUUUAGAUAAUAAUGCGGAGUAGCGGGGAAGGAACUGCCA